GCGCACAUCCUGCCAUGGAGGUCGAGUUCGACGGGUCUCAGCUGGGUGCGGACCUUGAGGAGGCUUUGGCGGCAUCGGACAUCGAAGGGAUUGCCAAACCAAAGGAAAAAGGUUCGGGGCGCGGUCGUGGCCGACGCGCUGCGAGCAGCGGUGGCCGUGGUAGUGGUAGUCGACAGGGCACAUCGAACAAGAAGCGGAGCCAGGUUUUGGAGCAGAGAUGCGCUGGCUGCUUCCAACUGCACCCGUUGUCAGAGUUCUUUGGCGACACAGGGAUGUGUGCGCCUUUCAAGCGAGCAUGGGAUGCAGUCUAUCGGAUGGCCAAGCGACAGGGCUCCGUCGAGUGGCUCCAGAACUAUUGCAAGGGCCCGGCGAACAAAAAACGGAUCUUGACCCUGUACCUGAAGACCAAGGGCAUCGACGGCAAGGGCAGGAACCCAGCUGUUACACCAUUCAGUUUUGCAGCCGUCAAGGAGGAGUUGAUCCAGGAGACGCGCGUGAAGCGCUCAGCUCACGGCAAGAUGAUGUACAGGGGCGAGUACGUGGACUUCGCGAAGACCCGUGCAGGCGGCGGCCUGAGCGAUUCCGAGGCCGAGUUGCAGUGGUCUCAGUGGGAGGCGGACCCCAAUUUCCUGCUGAGGGACGAGGGCGGGCCGAAACGGAGCGCUGGCUCAUCUGUGCUGUCUGCGGCGGCCCAGCUCCUGAGCCGUAGCGGCGAUUCAAAGAAUGCGUUGGGCUUGGCCUCGGGCUUCGACGACGACGGCGUCCCCGGCAUGAACUUACGUCAGGCCGUUGACGACCUACAGGAGGACGAAGAGGCGGAGAUUGAAGUCGAGGACGCCGAAGAUGGAAAAGAGGAAGACGCUGCAGCAAUCGACGCUGCAGAAACGGCCUCCGUUGCUCCCAGCGCUGCUGGCAUCAGGACCGCAGGCAGGGCUUCGCUGGCGGCGCCAGGCGAGGAACCAGCCCAGAAGAAAUCCAAGACUGACGUUUGGUUCGAGCCUGCCCGGGAGCGCAUCAAGUACAAGAACGACUACUUAAAGCAGGUGAAGAAGUUGAAGACGACGAUCGCAGCUUCCAGAACCAACGGGGAGAAGGAGAUCAUGAGGUUGGCGGCGCGUUGCGAGCCUGAGCAUGAAGAUCAAGCGCUGCUUCGGCCUCUCCGCGAGUUGGUCAAUACUAAGUUGGACUGGAUCAAGCUGGUGCUCGGCAUCGGGGCCCCGAGCGCGCUGGCGCAGAAGGUGGACGAGGUCAAGGCUGGCACUUGGGAGAUCGGCGAAUCCAGCCGCCAGUUCGAGCCACCGUGCCGCAACUACGAGAAGCUGACGACCCUGGACGACUUCGAGGCCAAGGCAAAGGGCUUCGAUACUCUAGAGACCCGGAAGGCCAUGGAGGCGCUCGAGCUGGAACUCAAGGAUCAGCAGGCCGCAAUCGUGGAGUUGGUUAACAUGACUAAUCGGGCGAUCACUGACUUCAGCAGGACGGCUACCGAGUGCGAGAAGUUGCGAGAGCAGCGGCACGGCAAGGGCAAGCCCAAGGCCAAGGCCGCUCCAUCACCAGGGACGGCUGCUGCCCAGAUGGGCGUCGCUGGGGUCCUUGGCCACGUCGGCGACGCGGAUGCCGCUGGAGACAUACCGACGUUCCAAAAGUUCGAGCAGGGCGAAUUCAACCCCCGCAUGCCGUGCCUCUUCACCAACUUUACUUCCGCUAAGGCUUGGGUUCGCAGCGGGCACGCCGUCCGCAAUAAUUUGGAGACCUUCCGUUGCAACUUUGAGGAAGUUCGCAAGACAAAGCGGGCGAAGCGGGCCCAGGACCGAUUGGCGUCGGCGCACGUGGGCGAGAAGGCAUCGGCAGAGAUCCUGGCGCCCUUCCAGGGGGCCUUCGCUGAUUCCCGAGACGUCGAGGGCAUUGGCAGUGCUGCCGCCGCGCUGGGCAAGGAGAUGUGUGUCUGGUCGUACAUCGUCGUGCAAGGCUCGGACAAUGUCUCUUGCGAGAAGUACGCGUUCGGCACCCUUCGCCUCGCUUUGGAGGGGACUCGUUCUAUCGCGUGCGUCUCCUACGCCGCGGUGGCCGCCUUUGCGAAGGCCAAGGGCAUCGAUGAUACGUCGAAGGCUGUCUACAGCGCCUUCGGUGACAUGACGCCGGAGGGUCUGUCCGAGUUCUCCGACUGGCUGAGGAGCAACGACGUGCAAGGCGUGGACAAAGGUGAGCAUCCCGUCAUCUGGCACGGGACGCAGGGGCCAGCUGACAUCUUGUACACGCCCCCGGGCAUGAUAGUCGCAGAGAGGGUCCAGAACAACGUCGACAUGUUGGGCUUGAAAAUUGUCGUUGUCCCGCGGGACCUGGGCUCGGGUGCGUUCGUCGGUUUUCCGCAAGAUGCGGCCGCUGGUGGCGGCGUUGGCCCUGCGAUGCGCGCGGCCCUCGACAUGGUGGAUACGCGUUCUACAGAGGUCAAGGGGGGCGACGGCCCCGCAGGCAGCGCACUGGCGGACGGCAGCAACAGUGGGACGAAGCAGAAUGAGGAUGCUCUGGCAGGGGCCCCACCGAUCGACAAGAAUGGGGGGCACGCCAGCCUGGACGUCGAGGCUGAGGCAGCGGCACCGCCAG